ACAGUGUGCUUGCCUCGGAUGACGAUCACUUUGUUCUUUUGUACCAUAUGUAAAACUGGUAAUCAGUUGGCAUAUGUGUGCAUGUAUUGAGUUUUUCGGGUUCUUCCCAAAUAAAUGUAAUCCCCAACUGUCCUGUCGGCAUUACAUUUCAUCAUUUCGCGCUGACCAGAGCCAGAGCGAUAUCCCCAUAUCUUAUCAAAGCGACGUCACGCGCUCUAACUCUAGACCUAGCACACAAAAUUGUAAGUACCAAAAAUGUCCAAUAUACCCAAAAUGACAGCGGCUCAGGAGCGCACCCGCGAGUGGUUGGCCGCACAGGAGGAGGAUGAGCUGGAAUCGAUAGCCGAGUCAUCCGUGGUGGACAGUUUGGAUGACUACAAAUAUAGCGAGCAUACGCAGGAAGACAACGACAAUUGCAGCGACAAUGACAACGACGAUGACGACGAUACUGGCGAAGAAGUGAGCACCAUCGCACUGGGCACACGAAUGGGCGCUAGCAAAGGCUCCAUUAUAAGAGACACUCUGCGCGAUCUCAUGAAUUCGAUCAACAGCAUUCAGACCGUUGGCAAUGUGAACAUCAGUAAUUCCACCAAUGUCCACAUUGGCAAUGUGACCAACAUCAACGGUAAUAUACAGAUCAUCGCAGAGACGACCAGCCACCCGCGCAGCUCACGCAAAGGGCGUCGAAGAGCCUCACUCGACGAAGAACCCGAUCCAAGCGGAAACGAUCGCGAGGAGGAACUGGACGAGGCGGAGGAGCGUAUCAAUUCUGAUGCUUUCAUCAAUAGCCAAAAAUUCAAAUUACCCAAAGAGCUGUGUUCCAUUGUGCCGCGCCACUCCUGGCUAGCCCAAAUGCCGAUCGAACCGCCCGUGAAGCUGCAGCGUCCCGUCAAAUAUGUUGUCAUAUUACACACGGCGACGGAGAGCUCCGAGAAGCGGGCAAUCAAUGUGCGAUUGAUACGCGAUAUUCAGUGUUUCCACAUCGAGAGUCGUGGCUGGAAUGAUAUUGCGUACAACUUUCUUAUCGGCUGUGAUGGCAACAUAUAUGAGGGGCGCGGCUGGGAGACAUUGGGUGCACAUACCAUGGGCUACAACAAAAUUGCCCUAGGCAUUGGUUUCAUUGGCUGCUUCAUGCGUAGCCUGCCCACGCCGGAUGCGUUGCACAUGUGCCGCAAUCUGUUGGCUCGUGGCGUCGAAGAUGGACACAUUGCCACAAAUUAUCGCCUAAUUUGCCACUGCCAAUGCAACUCGACAGAGAGUCCCGGUCGUCGGCUAUUCGAAGAGAUCCAGACUUGGCCGCAUUUCUACAAUCUUGCCCAGGACGGACAAAGCAGUAUAUAAAUAUGAAUAUUGGUGAUUGUCGCGUUCUAAUAACUCAGUAUAAAUUGUUUCGUGUUUGUUCUGUUGCAUUUCUGUUCGCAUUACAACAAAAACAAAAAACCAAAUAAAAAUAAAUAUAUAUUUAUA